UUUGUAGAACACUGUACGAUCACAGUGAGGAGUAAGUCAGAGUUUGUGUGAGCGGAGGACCACGCUACCCUAAAGUUACUCCUAGAUUUCUCUCUAAGAAACGAAUUACUUCGAAAUAAGAUCGCUCAAAACAAGAAUGAAGCGGUCUGAGUCAUCAGUAGCGCUACUCGCGGCUAUCACUCUCCUGGCUGUUACAGACCCGUGCAGGGGGCAGGUUGGAGACCUUCACCAGUUCCAAGGGUCCGUUCCGGGGUUUCCCUGUCUGUACUGCAGGAGCAGUCCUAACGGUGGCGGCGCAGACGCAUGCGCAGAAGGAUCCGUCAACGAGACCACCGAAUGUCGCGUUGGGGAAGAGUGCUUUUUGGAGGUGGUUCGCCCGGAGUCUGGCCCGGUGCAGAUCGAGCGCGGCUGCCGGAACCCGUGCCGGUCCUCCCCGGCGGCGUGCUCGGACCUCUUCAACCCGGGAACCUGCACCCUCUGCUGCUCAGAGCGCAUCAACGGCAGCUGCAAUGCCUGGCGGUACGGAGAGGGUGUAGGGGGCGCUUCCCUGGCGGCACCGGGCGUUCUCUUGACGCUCGUGAUCACAGGUCUGGCUGUCUUUACGGUCCUACAGUCAAAGGCCUGAUACCGUGUUGUAUCCAGAACCGUGUCUGUUUACUUUGAGCCUGAAUGGGUUAGAGUUAGGAUUG